ACUGUCAAUACUCGAUCAAAGAAUAUUUAGGGGGGCUCGAGUUAUAGCACACGAAGAAAUGGAAAUGACACAGUUAAGACCAAACCGGGAUUCAUCUAUGGAGACGGAAGAAGACAUCAGCAUUCCCCCAUCUGGCGAUGAAGAAGAGGCCGAUCAAAUAAAGUCCUCUAAGCAAAUCAAACCACUAGCCAGCAAAAUCAAUGACUAUUGGAUCUGGGAAAUUGCAUCAUAUACCGGCAGUCUUAUCGCUAUGGUCGCCAUAGUCUUCGUGCUCCUGGAGUACAACGGCAAGUCCCUCCCCGACUGGCCGUAUGGAAUCACCAUCAACUCGGUUCUCUCAUGGAUCAGCCAAAUCUUUACAACCUGUAUGAUAGGAGCAGUGACAUCCUGUCUCAGUCAGUUCAAAUGGAUCCAUUUCAAUGAGGGAGACAGAUCACUCGUGGAUAUGAACAUGUAUGACUAGGCCAGCAGAGGGCCGUUGGGCUGCACAGUAUUUUUGUGGAGUUUGAGAAUGAGACGAUACGCUGCAAUUGGGGCCAUGUUCACGGUUCUGUCCAUUGGUGUAGGGUCUUUCGUGCAACAGAUGGCCACCAUCUAAAACAACCGCGUCCCCAAUGAUGUCCCAGCAUUCACAGCACGGGCAGAAUCAUUUGACGAUGUAGCAAGUGGGGAUGGGUUUGUGCCAAUAGUAGAUAUACAGAAUGUCAU